AUGUCUGAUAAAGAAAUUGGAGACCGAUCGAGUAUGACACCUGUUUAUGGCCGUAUCAAAGUUUCUUGUGAAGAAUCAGUUCAAAUGGUUUCACCCAUUGAUGAAAGAAAAUCACUUUUAGGGUAUUUCUUUAGUAAAGCAAAUGCUAUGGCUUUUGGGGAGUAUACCUUUUCUUCAAUCCCCUCAAGGGAAAACUUCGUAGUUUCUGAAGCACUUGACGACGUUUUGGAUUAUCAUAUAGAAAACGGGCCAAUUAGAUUGAUACCGGAUGCAUAUGAAGUGAAAAACGCAUUACAGGAUGAUCUAGAAAAGUCCCUUGCAAAAGCAAGAGCUGCUGCAGGUCAGGAUGAAGGGCCAAAACUUGUUGAUACAGAGGCUCAUAUAGAGGUUGCUUCCCUCGAGGAUAUAAUACGAUCAAUGAAGGAUAAUUCAACAUCAGAGUGGAACAAUGCUUUUUUCGAAUAUCCUGGUGAAGAUAUUGGAACUGGUCCAUCACCUCAUAUGGAGAGGAAAAGGGCUGAAAGUGUAAUAUUCAAUCCCUGA